GCAGCCCCCCCAAACUUCACUUUUUUGAAAAACGGCUUUAGCCAACCUGCUUCGCUGCUUCACUUGUGAUCGCUUAUGUGGGGGCUGCACAGCGCCAGCUCCCCCACCUCGACAAGGCAUCGCUCUCCAGCCUGUCAUGCCCAGCUGUGAGCCAGUGCCACCAGCCGCCUGUCUCCCUACCAAAACAUUCCGCAGUUACCUGCCCCGGUGCCACCGGACUUACAGCUGUGUCCACUGCAGGGCACACUUGGCCAAACAUGAUGAGCUCAUCUCCAAGUCCUUCCAGGGGAGUCAUGGUCGCGCCUAUCUUUUCAAUUCUGUGGUUAAUGUGGGCUGUGGUCCAGCAGAGCAACGUCUUCUGCUCACCGGUCUCCAUUCAGUUGCUGAUAUAUUUUGUGAAAGCUGCAAGACUACACUGGGCUGGAAAUAUGAACAAGCCUUCGAGACCAGCCAGAAGUACAAAGAAGGGAAGUACAUCAUUGAGAUGUCACAUAUGGUGAAGGACAAUGGCUGGGACUGAGAAAGAAGACUGGGUUCAUACCCUCCUGCGUAGCAUGCCGUGCUCUUUCGUAACCCCAUUGCCACAAGUGGCACCCCAGCACAACCAACCCAGCUACCCUUCUAUCAAUCUCCUGCACAGCAUCAUCCAGGGGAAUGGAGCUUCCAGGAUCUUUCUCCCAAAGCCUCUUUCUGAAAUGCUGGACUCACUGUUUGGAGGACCCUACCUGUCCCCUAGAGCAGAAGAGGAAAACAUGCAGGCGGUAGAGAGUGGGAGAUUUUGGAUUGGUUUCUCCUUGGCCUGUGUAGGUUAUUAUGUUACAUCCCGUUAGCACUUGUCAGCAUAACACUGUGGCAUCCAGAACGGAGAACCUGGAAUCAGGUUUGAACUAUGCAGUCCAUUGUGUAAGAAAAACAAAAUACUUAAUGCAAUGUGACAGCAAGGGCUCUGACAUAGGGUAUGGUUUGGGGGAGGGUCAAUAGAUCAGUUUGACGCUUAAAAGCUGAAGAGAGAUCGUCUCCAGUAUCUCUAGCGUAAAUAAAGAAGGGCUGUGACAGAACUUCAACUAUGGCCCUGAAUAGCUGUGGGCAGAUAAUGUUGACAGCAUUGAGCUGGGUAGUGAUUCAAUGAAUUAUUGUUCUUCUCAUUUCUGAGGAGAAAUUAAGAGUUGUACAUCAGCCUGCUGAUAUUGGGCACUGAAGGUUGGAUGGUGUAGAUCACACGGGGAGAUAAAAGAUAUCCUGAAGGUAGGGGACAGAGGAACAGUCUCUCCAAAUGGCAGUUAUCAGUCCCUUUCCCAGACACUGCAAUGGUAUUUCCCCCAGGUUUAUUCUAUGGAGUCCAUUAAUUUAGGUGUGAACCACCGUGUGCUUGUAAUCCCUGAGCACUAUAACCCCUCCCCUCAACUCCCCUACCAUACAUGAAGGUGUGUCUAUGUGGGGGAAACAACACUUCAGCACUGUCACCAGCGCAGGCAUUUUUUUGUAUAA